AUGGCUUCGUCCUACUCGAGUGAUAUUGAUGAUGUAGCAAUGAGUUGCAAAGGAAUGCAACUUUUAUUAAAUAAUGAUCUUGAUGCAUGUCAAAAUUUAUUUGAUCGAUAUCGACUUUAUUCACCAUUAAUGAAUGGUGGAUGGUCAUUUGUUUCAUUUAUGCGAGCUGUGAUAUCCUUCGAUGAUCAACGUUUAGCACAAGCAGCUAAAGAUUUAGCUGAAUCAGAAAAAUUAUGUUCAAAUGAAACGACAUCGAAAUUUACACGUUCUAAUCUUUCGGCUAAUUCAAAAACCAUAUCUUAUGAAGAAAAUCUAACGCGUCGAAUUGUUAUUGCUGAUUGUAAAUUAUAUCAAGCUAUAUUAACACUUAUUAAACAAGAAUUAUCUGGUUUAAUUGGUGUUGGUUUGCAUUUACGUAAAGCAUGGAAAGUUUAUGAAAAACUUCAUAGUGAAUUAUUUAAUUUAUAUCGAACAAAAGAUCCAAAUGCAGAAAAAGAUUAUGGAACAAAACCAGAAGAUAAUAUGGUUGUUCAAUUUGAUAAUACUAAUGAAUUUAAAAGCGAAGAUGAUGGUGAUGGUGAUGAUCUUUCGUUUAAAAGUUUUGAAAGUAUACCAAAUGAUUCACCCGAUGAACUUUCAUUAUAUACAAUAAAACGCCUUCUUGGUUCAGUUUCAUUUGGUUACGGACUUUUUCAAAUAGCACUUUCUUUUGUUCCACCAAGAAUUAUGAAAGUAAUUAAAUUUCUUGGCUUUGAAGGCGAUCGAAAAGCUGCACUUGCUGCUCUUCGAUUCUCUAGUCAUAGUACAGAUAUGAAAGCACCAUUAGCAAACUUAACAUUACUUUGGUAUCAUUGUAUUAUUCAACCAUUCUUUGCAAUUGAUAUGUCAACUCCACCUGAUAUGAGUGAAGCCAAAUCUAUAUUAAAACGUAAUAUAGAUAUAUAUGACAAAUCAACAUUAUUCAUAUAUUUUCAAGGACGUGUUGAAAGACUUGAAAAAGAUCUUUCGAAAGCUUUAUCAACAUUCCUCAAUGGUCUUAAUCCACCAAAUCAAUCAAAAAAUAGCACAUUGAUUAGAUCGAGUGAAUUAGAUCAGAUAUUAAUUUAUGAUCUUGGUUUUUGCUAUUUAAUGAUGUUACAUUUUGAACAUGCUUUGAGUUGUUUUAUAAGGUUAAAAGAAGAAAGUCGAUGGUCAAAAGCAUUCUAUCAUUAUACAUGUGCACUUUGUACAGCCUGUAUGAAUGAUCCAAAAACAUCAGCAAAUUUUGUUAAAGAUGGGAUUAAAUCUCUUCAAAAACGAUCAAAUCCAGUUGAAUUAUUUGUGCAAAAACGAUUGGAUUAUUUAAAAAAAAAUCCACCAUCAGUAUCUUCAGCACAUAUACUUAUAUUUGAAAUGUUAUAUUUAUGGAUUCUUUUACCAUUGUGUGACAAAUCAACAUUAAAACAAAUUUUACAAAAGGUCGAAAAUCAUGGUCAAGAUUCAAAAGAUGACCAAAAACUUCGUCCAAUUACUUGUUUUCUUGAAGGAGUUAUUCAUAAUAUUCUAUAUCAUUAUGAUGAUGCUUUAAAUUGUUAUGAAGAAGCAUUAGCUCGAGCAGAAGAUUCAAAAUUACAUCUUACUCGAUACAUAUUACCAUUUGCUUCAUGUGAACUUGGUAUACUUGAAUAUAUUGAUAGACAAAAUACUGAACGAGCUAAAGAAUUAUUAACAAAAGCUAAAGAAAAAUAUAGUGAUUAUGAUUUUGACAAUCGUUUACAAAUUCGAGCAACGGCAACACUUAAAAUAAUAUCUUCACGAGAGGCGUCUGCAACAACUGCAGACUCAACAAAAUAA